AUGGAGCUCUUAACUCCAGGAUCUUCAUUCAGACGUGUUCUAAUUUUGGUUCAGAACAUGUACAUCUCUGUUAUCACUGAAGGGCUUAUGAGUUCGGGGACGCGGCAAGAUAUCAUCAGGAAAAAUGGCGAUUGUAACAUGACUUAUGCCAACCUGAAGAAGCGUCGUUCUCGCUACCUUCAGGAUCUCUACACAACCCUUGUUGAUGUACAAUGGCGGUGGACUCUCAUAGUCUUUUUUCUUGGCUUUAUCAUCAGUUGGCUAACGUUUGCCUUCAUCUGGUAUAUGAUCAUCAAAGUACACGGGGAUGACCAGGAGACACAGGAUCACACACCUUGUGUACAAAACGUCCAGAGUUUUACCGGCAGCUUCCUCUUUUCAAUUGAAACUCAGCAUACAAUAGGCUAUGGUUACAGGUACGCCACAGAGGAGUGUCCAGAAAGGCAGUUUUUUUUAUGUACUCAAAGCAUUACUGGCGUCAUAUUACAGGCGUUCAUGGUAGGUGUUGUGUUUGCCAAACUGACACGUCCCAAGCAGCGGACCAACACCAUCUUGUUCUCCCGCAAUGCUUGUAUCUGUCUCCGUGACGGUAAACUCUGCCUCAUGUUCCGUGUCGGAGACAUGAGGAAGUCUUUUAUCAUCGGUGCCAGCGUUAAAGCACAAGUUUUACGUAAGAGAAGAACGGAAGAGGGAGAAGAGAUCCCAUAUCACCACUAUGAUGUCAAAGUAGGCAAUGAUGAUGGCUCUGAGAAUCUCUUCUUUAUAUGGCCGAUGACUAUUGUUCACAUUAUUGAUGAAAAUUCACCUUUCUUUAAUAUGUCCGCUGUGGAUCUUAUGAAUGAAAGGUUUGAACUUGUAGUUUACCUAGAGGGCACAACAGAAUCUACAGGCAACACUAUGCAGGCGCGGUACUCCUAUCAACCCUCAGAUGUUCUAUGGGGUCACAGAUUUGAAAAUCUAGUACAUUUUGACAAGGCUUCUGAUAACUAUGUUGUGGAUUUUAGGGAAUUUAACAAAACAAAAGAGAUUCCAACUCCUUUGUGCAGCGCAAGAGACCUGGAAGAAUUUAAACGACAGAGCACAGAUCCUCUGUUGUGUUACACCCCAACUAACACUGAUCAUUUUGUCUGCCUGGAACCCGAGAUGCUCGCUGACCAAGAAAACCAGGGAUGAAACUGAACGUGUUGCUCCUUUAAAAUUACUGUACGUGUGUCGAUAUCAAUUUAGAAAAAAAAUAUAAAAGCUGCUAACUAUAAUUUAUGAUAUUAAUGGGGAUUCUACAGAACUAUAUUAAUGUGUCUUGUAUAUUACAGAGUUCGAUGAAAA